AUGGCCACGAAGUAUGAAUCGCCCGUGGACCUGAUACACGACGCCUAUCGACGACUUGAUCAUGAACAGCUUGUCUUUUUCCUCGAAGUCCGGCAACUGCCCACUUCAGGCAACGAUGCAGAACUCGCAGCCCGUCUCGCUCAGUUUGACCUGACUGCCUACAAGAUAGAACGCAAGCUGGAGAACAUCACGAUCGUCGAGGAUCCAUCUGCUUCGACGUCUCUGCCGCUCAGUCCGCCCGACUCCGCCGUAACCCGCCCUCGCACGUUGACCCAUCUCGAUUUCCCGGUCGAAAUCCUCGCUGAGAUCAUGGAUCACGUCAAUGACUGGGAACUCGCAAAGGCCGUCGGUAUACCCACAUCUCUUCCCAGACCCCAGGAAUGGACCCGCGCAUCUUCUACUGAUGAAGCUAUGCUGUCAGGCUUCCUUCCCGUCCUCCGAGCUGCGAACCCUGCACAAACCCCUCCUACGAAAAUCGGCGCUACUCUCGCCAUUCGCUUCGGCUACGUCAACGUUCUGGAGUACUUCCUGAUACAUCAUCGACCCAUCUUCACCUCCCUCUUCCAAGGCGCCAUUAUACCCAUCACCGCUUCAUUCCACGGCCGCACACACGUUCUCUCCUGGUGGAGGCGUGCUUCUGAACAGGACCAUAACCGGGACGUCCUCCCUACACUUACUCCAUCAUGCGUUGCGGAAUGCGUCGACGGCGCGUCGCGGAACGGACAAGUUUUAUCGCUCGACUGGUGGCUCGCCUCGGGAAUACCGCUCGAGUAUACCGACACUGCUCUGGAAUACGCAAGCGCGCGCAACCACAUUCCUGUGCUCGAGUGGUGGCGUCAGACGAAGCUGCCGUUGAAGAUUGGGCGCGUUAUGGAUAUGGCCAGCACGGCCGGGCACGUCGGCGUGCUCGAGUGGUGGUUCCGGUACGAGCAUGACAUCCAUUACGAUAAGCAGGCGCUGUACCAUGCCAGCUGCCACGGCAAGGUCGAGGUGCUGCAGUGGUGGCUCAACAGCGGCCUGCAGCUCAUGUUCGACCAGGACGUGCUCGUCGGGGCGACGAAGCACAAUCGGCCGGAGGUGUUGGAGUGGUGGGACAGGAGUGGGCUGCCGGUGCAGUACCGCAUGUGCGACAUAGAGGAGGCGUUGGAGGACGCGAUCGGCGGCGGGGAGGCGGCGAGGGAUUGGUGGUUGCGAAAGGGUGUGGACUUCAACACGAACGAUAAGGAAUGGAUGAAACUGCAGUACUUGAACCCUUGA